AUGUGGCUUCUCCUCACCUUCUCCUUCCUGCUGGCGUCUGCAGGUGAGGACGACAGUGACAAGGUGUGGAGGGGUGAGGAGUGUGUGCCCCACUGCCAGCCAUGGCAGGUGGCCCUCUUUGAGCAUGGACGCUUCACCGGCGGUGCUUCCCUCAUCUCGCCGCAAUUGCUGCCUGCAGCCCACUGCCAAACCCGCUUCCUGAGAGUGCGCUUGGGCGAACACAAUCUGCGCAAGCGCGAUGGCCCGGAGCAACUGCGGACUGUUUCUCGCAUCAUCCCACAUCCGCGAUACGAAGCGCGGAACCACCGCCACGACUUGAUGUUACUGCGUCUAACACGACCCGUGCGUGUCACCGCCGAAGUGCGCCCGGUCCCGCUGCCCGCGCGCUGCCCCCAGGCCGGCGAGGCCUGCGUGGUGUCCGGCUGGGGCCUGGGGGCUAACAAGGAGCCUGGGGCCACAGGGAGCCCCGAGUCACAAGUGAGACUCCCGGAUACGUUGCACUGUGCCAACAUCAGCAUUAUCUCCACCGCGUCUUGUAACAAGGACUAUGCAGGGCGCCUGAUGGACACCAUGGUGUGUGCGGGCGUGGAGGGCGGAGGCACCGACUCCUGUGAGGGCGACUCUGGAGGACCUUUGGUCUGUGGGGGUGUACUGCAGGGCACUGUGUCCUGGGGCGAUGUCCCCUGUGACACGACCACCAAGCCCGGUGUCUAUACCAAAGUCUGCAGCUACUUGGAGUGGCUCAAGGAAACCAUGAAGAGGAACUGACCAUUUGGGCCUACUACCUGUGUCCCAGCAGCCCCAUCCUGACCUGGAACAGGACUGGGCCAUCCCCCCAAGACCCGGUCCAAGGCCCAGAGGUUAGCUGUGGACUUGCCUGUCUGAGACCAGAGCCGGUGCUCAUGGUCACCUGUUUGAUACCAAGAUAACAGAAAACACUGAAACAAGCUUCUCUGUGGAAGUUUCUGCAACUUACUUCUGGGGAUUAAGGGAAAGAGGGGCAAGAGACUGGGAGGGGAAACCAGAGCCACCCAAUCCUGGUCCUUUUCACCAGCUGCCCUGAUCUUUAGGCGAGAAGAAACGACAUGAAGCAGGGCCCUCUCUGUUCAUUCAGCACGUUUUGAUCUUGAGCCAAAGAUCCCACCUCAGUCAGCCUGGCUUUCCCCAUCUCAUGUUGCUGUCCUUAGAAAUAAAUGACGUGAUUCAUA